UGUUACCACGGCCACAAACACGUCUAUUUCUAUAAUAUUCAACAAUCUUAUUUGAAACCUAACCACACUGCCAACCGUAUGCCUAACCUUAAAUUAAGACCCAAAAUAAGUGUUUUGUUUUCAUGAAUCUUUACCAUAGCCAAUUCUGACUCUGUGGCUGUGGUAACUAGUGGAAACCCCUAAAUCAUACGGAAAAGGAACGCUAUCGAGGGAGUUGAAUAGCUUCAUGUUUAUAGUAUUUGCUAUAAACGUUAUUAUCGUUUAAAUUAAUCUGAAAGCCAUUACAUUGAUCGAUUUAAAUGCAUGAUGGCUUUGUUCAUUCACAACAAAUGUAUAUUUUUUCAAGAAACAUGCCACUCUGUCGUGGCGGUUUUGCAGCAGUUAGCUAGCUAGCGUUAUUAGCGUUUGAUGACAGUCGGUAGAAAAAAGGCGAUAUCUGUCAUUCUUGCCACUUUGAUUAUUUUCUCAUUGCAGGGACAUAGUUUUCUGUUUAGUGAGCUAGUUAGAUGCAUGUCAUUACUUAAUCAUUAAUACCACAUGCUUAUUUGCAUUCGCCUUAACAAGAUACUGACAGCUAACCCCCUUUCGUCUGUGCUUACCGAUUUGUUCUCCUUCAAAGCAGUGAAUGGUGGGGUUGUGAGGACCUGGACUACAAGGAAGGCACAGAGGACAGGCUGAGAAGCACUGAAACAACCAUCAUGCUCAGGAACUGCACUGUCAGUGUUAAGGACAUUACUGCAAGGCUGUUAAGUGCUCACUCACUAGCUGGUGUCUUAUAGUGACUGCCCUUAUCCCCUACUUUCAACUUCCCUUCAUAAGGCACGAGUCGACACACUAACAAAUGCAGUAAAAGUAAAAUCAUUUUUACCCACAAACAGACACUCUUGAAUUGCAAACCAUGGUGGAUAACCGAUACGCUACGGCCCUGGUCAUUGGCUCUGUUCUGAGUCUGCUGGCCACAGUCUAUCUCUCCGUUGCCGUGGGAACACAGCACUGGUACCAGUACCGAAGUCCGCCCGGUAACCAUGAGGCCAGCAACGCUUCGGAGCUGCGCGAGGACUUCAUCAACGGGGAGUUUGAUGAAAAGGCUUACAGCGACACUCUGUUCCGCCUCAACGGCACACUGGGCCUGUGGUGGAGGUGUGUGCAGGCACCCGGUCAGUCGCACUGGUUCAAAGAGCCUGAUCCUAAGAUGGUGACACAGUGUGUGAGCUUUACUCUGCCUCAGCAGUUUUUACCCAAGUACAAAGAACCGGGGAAUCACAACACUGGGGAGGACCUGCUUCGGACAUACCUGUGGAGGUGCCAGUUCCUGCUGCCUCUGGUGUCCCUAGCCUUUGUUAUCCUCAGCGGACUCAUCGGCGUUUGUGCCUGCCUCUGCCGCAGCAUCACCCCCACCCUGGGCGUUGGAGUGCUCCACCUGCUGGCAGGUCUGUGUUCCCUGGGCACCGUGUGCUGCUUCCUGGCUGGCAUGGACCUCCUCCACAGGGUCUCGGUGCUUCCCGACGGUGUGGACGGCUCCCUGGGCUGGUCCCUGUACCUGGCCCUCAUCUCCUCGCCACUGGAGAUGAUGGCGGCCGCCCUCUUCCUGUGGGCCGCCCGGAGCCACCGCCAGAACUACACCCGCAUGACGGCCUACCGGGUGGCCUAAACAGACUGGGUUUCUUUUAUACGUCAGGGUUGCACUCAGUAAGAGCAUAAUGUUUUGAAAUGGAAGACGUGGAGUGUUUCCAGUAACAUGCAGACUCCAAUUUGUAGAAGGUGAGAUUGUUUCUAUGAAAUGGCUACGUUUCUAAACAUUUUACAAACGGCAUGUUUAACUGAAUGUGACCCUAAGCUAAUCCUAAAUGGCAGUCUACACAACAAUGAUCUAUACUCCUGAGGGGUAUCCUACGAAGCAGGUUUGAGUAAUUAGCAAGGUGACUUUGGUCAACUCCGAGUUCAAUUCGGGGCACCAGUCAUACGAAAGUGGCUCACCUUUUAGCCAAGUACAUUUCUAUGGCAACGAAUCCAUCAGAACUAACCUGCUCCGGGGCAGGCUAACUUGCAGCUAACUCCACUUACCCUGAAUAAAAUGACUGAGUCGUGAGUUGAGGACCAAUGAAAUCCGAUACCCCUUCGAACAAAGAUUGCGUGGUCAUCCCUUUCAUUUGAGGAAGACGAAUGAUUCAAUAUUUUUAAUUUGAUAAAAUGUUUGUGUAAAAAAAAAUAUUUACACAUUUAGUAAUGACAGAAUGCAUUUUAAGCGUCACUCGAUGUAACACUUUUGUAUAAUUUCAUAAAUAAAAAAAUAUUGAUAGGAGUGGGUAGAAAGUGCUUGUGCAUUGAUAAGCACAUUGAUAAGCACACCGAAGUCAGCAUUCAUGAGAAUAAAAAAAUAAAUAAAGACGGUUGGUUCAUUUUGGAAAACCCUGAGUAGUUUUAGCUUGCUUCCUAGGAUACUCCUCUGCUCUUGAAAGGCCUAUGUGUGUUUGCGUCUGUUAACCGUCCUGUUUGUAAGUAGAAUCUGGGUCACGUUCAGAGGGUUGCAACGUACUGAAACAUUGCAAAUAGAAAUGUGAUCAUUAGAGCUGACGUUUCUUACUCGUCAUGUCAGAGUAUCUGAAGGCUCCAUAACGUUGUGCCCCACUGAACACAGCUCAAGUGAUUUAGUGCUGGGCUUGGGACAAAAGUCUGCACACUGGCCUCGCCAGGACGAGGCAUGAAGAGCACAGGGUAGCCCAGUGAUCCACUCUGUAACAACUACGCCUUUACAUUGUCGUCGUCGUGACAAUCUUCCCCAUUACUAUACCUGAUUGACAGAUUUUAGGGUGACUAAACCUUCGACACCUUAACUCCACCCCAUAGGGGUGGCCUAAACAAUCUCUCCACCUUAAGCACAACUGUUCGACAGCUCACACUAGCCAAUCUAACCUCAAACGAGACAUCACCUGUAUAAACAUAUCCUAAGAGCUUCUCACUGUCGUAGAGGCAAUUGUUUAAUUUGAUUUGACUUUUAAGAUGAAUUUGUCCCCAGCCGCACGUACUGUAUGUGUAUAAUGUUUAACAACACCUGUGGUUGAUUAUGAGAAGGUGAAGUGCGUUUGUUUUUUUGAAACCUGUUUGUUGGUGAAUCUUUUAACGAGGCUUUUUAAAAUUCAAGUUAACAGCGAUUGGAGUCAUAUUUUGCCUUUGCUUCUGUUGCCAUCUCUACCAUUUAUGAAUGAACGCUUUUUGCAAUCCUAGCCUUUUUUUUUCUAGUUUUUCCUAAACUAAAUGGUUUGUUGCUUUUGAUGUUUUGUAUUAUGUUAUCUAUAGAGCGUUGUAGUGACUUUUGACCCCGUUUGUUUACAUUUCCCUUUCUUUUUUUUUUCAGCUGAUGAGAAUAUUCAGUUUAAUUUUGUGUCAUAUGUUGAUUGAAUGUUUUGGAAUGUAACCACUUCUUUCCCAUUGUCAUCCAUAUUUAUUGACAUUUAUUUGAAUGUAAAGACAUGUUAUCCUGGGUUGUUUUGACGCCACUAUAGCUAACCUGUGUUUUGAUCUUCCUCUUGAUGCUCGUGAUAUUUUGUUUGGUUAUGUUGAAGUAAAUGUAGCUCCAGUACAUAGCUUUUCUGAAGCCUACAGUGUUUUGAAACAACUUGUGGCUUUUGUAAGCGUUUUUAUGUGACUAUACCUAAAGCACACUGCAUACCUGUUUCCAUAAGAAUAAAGUUCACCUAUGCUGA